CGCCUCCGGAGAAAGGUUUCCCCGGACGACCGCUCCGAGUUAGUAAAAGUGAUUUAGUAUCGCGACAACGCUUCUGACAUGCCGACAUAACAUGCUACUGAUACGCCUUGUGUUGUGCGUAAUAUGUCCCGUCGCUCUGUCGUCAAACGUGCACACAGUAUUACCCGAGAGUUAUGACAAUAAACCUCAUGAUGGCGACGAGUAUGGAGUCCGCAACUAUGUGUCCGAACACGAAUUACCGAAAGACGUGCCCACCCGAGUUCAGAUCGUCGGCGACUUGGGAACGCCACCGCCUAGUGUGAAGUUGGAUUUUGUGCCUCAGCAGACUUACGUACAGGUCAGAAGGUACGAUGCUGUUAAAAGGCUACCUCAAGAGGCUGCGAUGGAAGAAGCAGCCACUUCGGAGGAGGUGGCGAAUGCACCGAGACUCAGGGAAGUCGUGACGCACAAAAAGACACAAGAAGUGUACGAAGAACAAGGCUACGAAGAUGCUGCAUAUGACCACGGGGGUUCAAAAAAGCUAAAGGUCGAAGAAGAAGUGAAGGAUAAUCAAAGCAUAGAAUUUUUAGGACCAAAUAAUUCUUCACUUUAUACCGAAGAAACUAAAGACAGCGUAGCAUCAAUUGCACCAUCUGGUCGCGGAACUUGGAGUCGAUUUAAAACGACCACAGGUAAGAAAACUAGAUAUGAAGACGAUGGUGACAAAAGAAAAGUAACCGUUAAUGAUAGCAACCCAAUAAGUGAAAAAUCUUCGGGAAACUAUACGAAGUUUGAUGGAGGUAAAACAAUCGUUGUACAAAACUUUACCGAAGUUGAAAAAAGAGAUGGUAAAAAAGAAGGAGCAGAGUCUAGAAGAGUGUCUAGUGUUAGUAAAACUAAAGAUAAUGUAGAACCAACGACUUACAGACCAAUUAUGAGGUAUGAUAACCUUCGUCAUACGACGACAAAACAGAUUAAAAACGAACAAAAAGUAAACAGAACUAGAACUAGGCCGAGAAAACGUCAAGAGAAUAAUACACAAAAACCUCAAGUUUUAUAUGAAAAAAACACUCAAACGGAUGCGAUAGCAAGUUAUGAUAAUUCUCCAUGGAUACCGAUAUCACCACCGACAAAUUAUAAGAAUUUACAGCCUGAGAUUAAAAAACCAGUGAAAUCAAAAAUGAACUCCGAGCUAUACGAGCAAAAUGGUCACACUACAAAGUAUGGGUACACAAUAAAUCAUGAUACACCAUAUCAGUAUAUAUUUCCGACUGAUUUGUUGGCACCCGAGUCAUCAAACAAGCCAAGUAGAAAACUAAGACCAAAACUCCAAAAUUCGGAUGUUAAUGAUGACAAUCCAAAGAGCCCAUUACAUUCAAAUUAUGAGUUUAUUCCCCAGACUAAUUAUGAUGGAAGUGCCAUAAAUCCAAAAUUUAAAAAAAUCAAGUCACCCGUAGAGACCUUAUCGCAUGACAGCAUACAUUUACCUUCAAAUAAUAAAUACAAAGAAUCAACAACACCACUUAAGAUAGAGGUAACUCAUAGUAUUAAACAUGAUGGAAGUGCCACUAAUCAACGACAAAAAAAUAAACCCGUUUCAUCGGGACCUUUAGAAAGUUAUAAAAGUAAUUUAAAAUCCGAGCCAUAUCGAGAGCAGAAAUAUAAAAGUCAUAGAGACGUCGAAAUAGGAUUAGGAAACUUUGGAAAUGUAGGUCCUCGAUUUACAACUACAAGUAUUCAAAAUUUUAAUCCCACUAAAAGUUAUGACGCUCCAUUUAUAACACGACUCAAAAAAAAUAAUUAUAAUGUUGAUUCAAGAGGAGAUCCAAGUCUACAUAUUUAUCCAAAGUACGAAGUUUAUCCAAACUAUCAAAAUGUUAAACAUCCAAUUAGAGAUGAUAAUCAUUAUGUACAAAGACCACCAAGCAAUACCAACAAAGGUCACUUCAAUAGUGAAUUAAAUGAAAGCCCUCCACGUAUUAUAAAACACGAAAGUGCACGUCUUACUGAAUAUUCAAAAUUCAAUAAUAGGCCCAACAUUGUUCAUAAACAACCAGUUGAGACCACUGAAAGCUGGGAAAAUCAUUCUAAUACUAGGGACCAAACUACUCAAUUAUUAGCAGAUAAUUUUCCUAAAUUGAAUAAAGUUGAAAGUUUUCCGAAAUUUGAAAUUAAUAAACGACCCGAAAGUACUGGUACUACUAGUACUAAUCCUUCUUCCAUAUAUAGAUUAAUACCAUAUGAAAAGUCUGUAAAAAUGAAUAAUCCUUAUUCAUAUGUAUAUCACGAUGAUCAUUUUCCAUCUGGAAGCCGAUAUAGUGGAGUCAAAGUUGAAGCAACGACACAAAGUCCAAAAUUGAAUAAUAAAAGUGUAUAUUGGAAUAAUAAUAGACAUCCACAUUUGCCAAAGGACUCAAUAAAGAAUAUGUCAGAAGGACACAGGGGUCGAGAUAAAUCUGAGGAUGAAAAUACCCGACAUGUUGAAAAUUUAACUUUGGCACAUUUUUCAGGACUCCAUAAAUCAGGUUCUUAUCGUCCACUUCCUUUAGAAUAUAAUGAACGGGUGAAUAAUUUGGCCAAACUUCUUAACGAUAACUAUCCAAGAAGAACACGAAGGGAUUUGGAAUUAAUUAAUAUUGCUUCAAGUGGAACUACAACUGAAAUUCCUAUCGAUACUGUUGUAUAUUCCCACUAUAAAAACGCCCCAAAAGAAUCGGCAAUAAGGUAUGCAACGAAUCCACUGUUGACACCAAGAAAAACUGCUGGGGGCAUGGAAUUCUAUGCUUCUACAGAUAAUGUUCAAUGUAAUGAGAUAUCUGCACCUACUAAUAUUUUACCAGAAAGAACUGAUGACGGUGAAUGGAAGGGUGAACCUUCUAAUAAUACUGUUAGAGUAAACGCUCUUGGUGAUAAAAUCGGAUGCUUUAAAACGAAAUUUUUUGGAAGUGAUCCUCUAGACAAUCCGAUUUUCAAAGAAAAAGAUGUUGGGUUUCCAGAAGUAUUAUUCUCUGUUAAGAAACCUUCAGAAAAAAAAGAGGAUAAAAUGCAACCAGGAAAGCCACAUGUCCACUGGAAUUUUGCCGAUGAGCUAAUAUCUCCUCAUUGGUUUCCUAAUAACGAUAAACGAAAUCGAAGAUCAGAAAAUAAAAGUUUACCCGCCAACCAUAAGAAAAACGAUAUGGAAUCAAUAAUUCCGGAACCAAUAAUUUUAACUUUUCCUACAAAAUCUUCGGCAGUAGUCUCUACUAACGAUUCAAAAAUAAAUGUUGAAGAAAAUGAUUCGGAAGUUUCUUCAAAUGAUGAACAUAUACUAAAAUAUUCAAUACAGCACCCUAUACCAACAAAAACCGAGUCAACCAUUCAAGAACACCAUUUUACCGAUAACAAAAUCUUAGGUCUAUUUCCGCCACCGCAAAUAACGAAAACGCAAAAAAAAUAUCAAAAAUUAAAGAAACCCAGGGUGAAAAAAAUUUUGAAGAAGGUGAAAAUUAAUGAAGAAUCAAAUGAGCCUGAUUUACUUGAUGUACUUAAUCCUAUUACUUCUUUUUUUAUCGAUGACGAUGAUGUUUUGGUUGCACCAAUCGUUCAUAAUUUUUUCAAUAUUAAAAUGACACCAUCAGACAAACUUAAAACUACAACAGUAGUUGAUAAAAAUAGUGGCGAAAGAGUAAAGAGAUAUCAAUCGCAAAAUUACAGAAGAACUAAAAGAAAUAUGAAAGGUGUAGACUUACAAAAACCGAAACAAAGAAAACUUAGUAUUAGUGCCGAUACAAAUGUGAGUAUAUCCUCGUCUACUGCAAGGAUUAGAAUGUACACGCCAAAAAACGGGACAAGUUUUCGAGAUAAAAGAGAUCAUAUUUCUGUCAAUGUGGAUGUAAGAAGAAAGGAGCCACGCUAUUAUUAUCAUACAGAACGGCCGCGAGUUAGGGUAAAAAGAGUAGUACACAAUCCUCCAUUUCACAGUAGAAGUAGUCAGGUAUUCAGCAGUAAAUAUUUAGUAACCGAUCAAGAAAAGUCGGAAUCAUUACCAGAGGAAAUUAAUGUAGCAUUUUCUACUACACCUAAAUAUGAGACGACACCAAAGUUUUUACCAGCAAUAGCAUUCGGAGAUAGCAAAACUAAAAUAAUAAAUUAUAACGAUAGUGUAGCUAACAGCACCAACGAGGUUCAGCGAUCACAAUUAGAUAAAAAAGGUUCAUUGAUAUACGUUAUUAAUCCAGAUACUGGACAUGGAAAAUGGAUGCAAGUUAUAAAAGUGAAAAAUGAAGAAGACACGAAAACAGAUUUGAUCAAUGGUCCUGUUUAUUUGGAAAAAAAAGUUAAGGAUGGUGUUGCCGAAGAAUCUAUUGGUAAAUUUGGAUUUAAAGGGAGUUCUACAAAAGAUUUGUUCAAAAAUGUAUUCAGUCCUACCGUUAACCAUAGGUUUAAAUUUAAAUUUCCUAGUAAAGAACCAGUUAAAGCCGUCCCUACUGAAGAGCCAAAGAAGCCCGACUGUCCAAAAAUAUUAAGGCCGAGAAAAAAAGAGAAGAGAAGAAGAAUCACAACGACAACAACGACAACUACAGAAAUUCCGGUAGAGGAAGAGGUCGACGAAAGACCAGAAGAACAAAGCGGUGAGGCAGUUGAAUACGAAAACGUAUCACCCCAAGAAGACGGAGAAGAAGGUGAACCAGAAGGUGAAGAAGAACCGGUUGAACAGCCUCAGUAUCAACAGGAAAGUGAAGAAAGUCCUCAAAAUGCUGAGGACGAAGAUCAAGAUAUACACGAAUCCAAACGAAAAAAACCAUAUUCUAUGGUUAAGAAACCUGAAUUUAGCGGGUAUUAUUUUGGCUCAAGAGAUAAUAAGAAAAUAAUGUAAUUUUAGACACUUUUUUUUUCUAUAAUUUAUUUUGUGAAUAUGUUUUGUGUACAA